CGUGCUACAAGCCUGCAUUUCCACAUGAAAUACAUGGGUUAACUGUCAAACCCGCCGCUGCGCUCACAAUUAUAUCUGGGCCUUUGGUCGUUUGGCAGCGCAGUAUCAUUAUACUUGACACUUUACACUGUUAACAGUAGUGCGACUGAAAGGUAACCAAAUUUGAUAGUAGAUAAUAAUGAACUAUGCCAUUUGAUAAACUAUUAAACGUCACCGGUACGGAAUACAGCAACCAAAUUAAUAACCGAACACAGUGACCGAUACAAAAAAGAGUAAAAAAACUAAAAUGACAGCGCUUUCAGGUGGAAACAACGUGCAGAUUUUUUUGAGUGCAUACAGAAUAUUUAACGAAAAAUAAAUAUUAUUUUGUUUUCAAAAUUGUUUUGCAAAUGUUGGUUGUUUUAAUGAAACAUUUCACUUUCUAAAAUUCUGGCACCACUGACCGAAUCCUGUAAGCAAAACAAACAUGACGUUGUUCAAAGUGAAAUUUUCAAAACAAACUUUACGGCAAGCGAAGGAGGCAUAAAAAUGGCACAUUGUGGCUCGGAUCUGGGUCCGGACAUUGAUUCGGACUACGAGGAUAUGGAAUUCCUUGAGCUAUCACAGAAUGAAGAAGAUAAUCAGCCGCUACUUAAUUCAACAUUGCACAUCGAUUCUCCAGAAGCGACUGUUGUGGAAAACUCGGCGGAAAGUGCUUUUUGGAUCGACUUCCUUGUCGAGGCUUAUGAACGAGAAUUCAAAGGACAAAAAAAAGAAAAGGCUUUGGAGAUACUGCAUGUUCAAGCGUCAUGCAAAAACACCUUUGAGGAACAAGUGUGGCGGAAAUACAAAUCGGCUUUACGACGUGAAAUAUUGUAUCAACGAGCGGAGGAAGGCAUCGAUGAGCUACUGAUGUGGAGUCCUACCAAGCCCGACUGGGCUGAUAGGGACAGAUUUUUCCUCCUCCAUCAUAAGCGAAGUACUGCAAGGCUUUCCGAAGUUAGUGAUGAACUACUUGCUGGAUUUAAAGGCACAAGCGUAAAGAUAUCGGUACUUGUGUAUUCGCUGUCUAUGGUAAGUUCAAAAGAUUACGAAAGAGCCAAAGCUGUAUUGUGCUUGGGAAAAAGAACUUCUGGUUUGAAAGAUCGCGCAGGAGCUGAUUCCAACCAAAAUGUGCUACAUUUGGCGAAUGAGCUGAAGCAACGCAACAAGGAUCAAUUCGUAAAACCACUGGACGCUAGCUUUACGCUGUGGGCGAAUUACAUCCAAGGAUCAGCUGCACAUUUACGGGAUGAUCUGUUGGCUGGGCCACCACCAGAACACCUGAAGAACCUUUUUAUAACAGUCGGCGAAGUGGGUGCUCAACGAGUAUUGAACAAUUCGUUCGAUGAUGCUUCUGUUGCGGAGACUGUGAAUGAAAGCAUUGCAACCGAGUUGAAAGAAAUUGAAUAUGCGAUCGAUAAGGUUGAAUCAAGUGUUGCAGAAUUACGGCAGAAACUGAGUCAGCUACAAAUGAGCAUAACGGAAAGGAAAACACUUAUAUCUGCUUUCAAGCGCUCAUUAAAAGUUACUGAGCGAGAAGAAUCCAGAUUAAUCUCGGAUGACAUUCAAGACUGCGCUGACAUCGACCAUGAUUAGUGGUUGCAGCCGCCAUUUUUUAUCAAUAAAUAAAUACAUUGAAACAUAAUUCUCCUGUUUUUUAUUUUAUCUGAAAAUAUCAAAUACAAAACGUUUAUGGUUUAAACUUGCCUCCUGGGUAAUAUCCACACUUACGAAA